GGGCUGUUCAAGCAGCCUUCAACACGUCCCUGUAGCAGCAAAACUGUCCUCGAAGACAGACCAAGCCCCGGAGCCGUUUCAAGUGGCCCCCACGCACCCCCAUCUCUCAUCCUGAAGCGCCAGCACUCGUUGCAAACAGGGCGAUGGAAGCUGUCAUCAAGAAGUGACAGACACCGCUGAGGAGCGCUACGCCAGAGGGGACCAGGUGCCUCCGAGAGAACGUUCGAUUCCAAUCUCGAGGAAGGGAGACGCCUCUAUGCAGGUAGUGACGCAAAGAGGACAGACAUGCCACACGUCACAGUGCAAAUUAGGUGACCACUGCCUGCUGUGUUUUGUCUGGUACAUGCAGAGUCCCAAGCGGUUCUGGGCCGCUGCCUCCUCUCUCCCUCCAGCCGGCCGCUCUGGCCUGAGCCUUCCACCAACCACCACGCCCUCGCCCCCCUCCCCUCACACAUCGGCCCUCCCACACAGACACCCGCCGCCCUCCACACAGACCGCGCCCGUCCGACCUCCAUCGGUCUCCGCCUUGCCGCCACCAUCACUGGCCGCACACAAGCGACAGAUCGCCGCCAAGGCAGAGGACGACAAGAUUGCAGAAAAGGCCCUCUCGACACAUCGGAGGCCGCCGCCGAACCCGACACGCCCGAUGCACCAGCCUCAUCGAGCGGCGGCGCGGUUCGGCGCCUCGCCCCGGAUUGCUGGGAGUGUCUCUGAGAGGGGUGUGCUUGGUGAGCGGCCGGAGGGGAGGAGGGGUGGCGACCAGCCGGAUGAUAAUUUGAUAGAGUUUGAGCAGAAGUUGGCCCAGGUGGUGGACGAUUACGAGGGACUGAUGUCGCUGCAGCACAACCACCACUCACUCACACUCGCACACAAAGACAAGGUCGGUCGGCAGAUGGACUGACUGCAUAGAGAGAUAGACAGAUAGACAAGCCGUGGGCGGGGCGCAUGCAUCUGCUGACCAAUGAAUCAAUCAUGUGUCUGCAGAGGGUGGAGUACUUGGAGCAGCGGGCCAAGCGGCUGCAGGCGGAGCUGGAGCAGCUCCGAAGGGGUGGCCAAGGAGGGCCCGCUGCAGCCAACGGGGCUGGAUCCUUCCAUGGUGGCCAUGAAGAUCUGGCUGAGGCAGAGGUGAGUGAGCAACACUACACACAGCCCAGCCCAGCCAGUGUCUCUGCAUCGCUCAUGUCUCUCCACCCUCCGUCCAACCCACCCCACAGGCUGGUCUGAUGGAGGAGAGUGUGCAGCUUCUGCUCGAGAGCCGCGACGCAGAGAUCGACCUACUCACCCAGCAGCUGCACACCAAACAAAAGAUUCUCGAAGAGCUCAAGAACCUCAUUCACGGGACCGCUGCUGCCCAGCUGCAUCAACACCAGCCACCGAAGGCCCUCCCCCCAGCCGCUCCACGCCACCAAGCUGCUCCUGCUCAUGCGGCUGCUGGACUUUCUCAUGCGUCUGCUGCGGAUCAGGUUGAGAGCCUUGUGCAGUCAUUGCCGGACAUGCACGAGGUUGAGCGGCUUCGCAAGGAGGUUGGUGACCUGCGAGACCUCCUGGUUGCCAAGGACCGGCAGCUGGCCGCCGUCACGGCUGUCGAUCCCAACCUGUCCGAGGUCUGCGCCGUCCAGCUGGGUAAGGACAUGUGUGUGCUUGUCUGGUCUGGACAGACAGGGCGAUUGUUUGGUGUGGUCGUUCUCUCUGUGGCUCAUACAUAAAUCAUUCCAGGUGUGCAGGCCAUCAGCAUGGUGCAGAACACGAUGGAGCUCAAGAACCAGAUCAGGACGCUCGAGACGCGCAUUGAGCAGACGGAGUGCUGCCUCAAUGAGUGGCGCAACAAGGCCGAUCAGCUCGAGGGCGUCUGCGACGCCAAGAGGAGGUCAGUCAGAGAAUGAAGCCGCACUCUGUUUCUCUCUCUGUCUCAUGGCCACACCGUGUGUCCGUCUCUGUGUACGUCAGGGAGUUGAUAGACAUCACGCGCACGCUGGCUGACCGUGAUCAGGAGCUGGCCUCGCUCUACCAGCUCAAGCAAGACCUGGAGAGGGAGGCAAAUUCACAGAUACAGUCACUCAAGGACGCUCUCGGUCGGCCAGGCCAGGCCAGGCCAGGCCACAUCACAUCACUCACACAGACAAACAUACAUGCAUGACGUGGUCUGCGUGUCUGUCUGUCUGUCUGCAGCUGGUGAGUGUCGUCACGUCAAGGAGUUGGAGGCAGCGAUGGUCGAGAAGGAGGGACAGCUCAGUGAGCUACGCAACCAAGUCCUACAGAGAGACCAAACCAUCACGGAACUUCAGGCAAGACUACAUGACCACAGCAACAUAUAAACAUCCACUCGCACAGACAGACAGACAGACACUCAUUGGUGUCAUCAGGAGGAGGUUGCUCGCCUCGAGAUUCGCGAGGCUGAGGCCAACAAGCGGGCAGACAACCUCGAGCACCAACUCAUACAAGCCACCAAGAACCUGGAGAAGGUGCGCGCACACGUGGGUUGGCGUCUACGCUAUGUAUGUAUGGCUCUCUCCCUACCCUCUCUGUCUGUCUGCCUAUUGCAGAUAAAUGAAGAGGCGGCCGACAGCGAGCGUGUGAUUGGCGAGUUGGAGAAGGAGCUCAACGACACCAAAGUCAAACUGCAUCAUUCAAGAGUCAAGGUACGUCGACCUGUGCACAUAAUACAAGCGACUGCACUGUUGGCCCUUGCCUGCCUGCCUGCCUAUUUGGCUACCAGGAGCUGGGCCGUCAGAAGCGGCUCGAAAUGGAGCUCUCCCAGUUCCAACACCAAACCAAGAAGGCCAUCGACGAGAAGAACACCGAGGUAUGGAGUCUGUAAAGGCAGGCCUGAAUCCUCUCAAUUCCCCCCUCCCUCUCCUUCCCUCUCCUACCCUCUCCCUCCCUCCCCCAGAUCCGUGCGUUGCAGAAGGAGAUAACGGCCCGCAGCACCCAGUUGGAGUCCAUCCGGUCGUCGAUAUGUCGCCGCAAGGAAGGCUGCCCCACCCCGUUCCCCCCGCCACCCCAGUUCCCACUGCGGGGCGACAUGGGCGACACAAGCCCCGUUGGGGGGGAGGCAUUGGACGUGGCCGGGGAGGGCGGCAUGGCGUCCGCACGGCUGCGGCCGACGGGCAGUGUGGAGGUGCUCAUGCCCAUGAUGCACAAGGAGAGUCGCAGGGGCGGCAGACACAUAUCGGGGGCAAACCGGGUUGGCUGGCCAUCAGACGCAGCCCACACACACAUGCAACCAACGAAUGUCUCCGUCUCUCCCUCUCUCUCUGCGUCUCUGUGUCUCUGCGUCUCUGUGUGUCAUUCUCUGGCAUACUGCAGUAUGCCAACCGUCUGUCGUACCAGCCUCCCCGUGUGGAUGAGAGCGACGGUACGUCGCUGCCGUCCUUCGGCGCCAGGGGGCGGAGAAACGGUGGGUCGCGGGAGGAGAAUGGUGAGGGAGAGGACAUCGACAAGCGGGUCAGCGAGUACUUCGACCAGCCCGGACGGCAGGUGAGUGAGGCGGUGAUGACUGACGACACAGGCGACAUGGAUGGGCACACGUGGAUCUAUGGACGCAAUUGACUGUCGUGUGUCACCCACGCUCAUGCAGCAUCUGAAGAUCCUCCUGUGCCGCCUCUCUCGCGGCACCUACCUCUACGCCACGCACCGCGUCAAAUUCAGGUCAGUCUCCACAAACAUCCAUCCCUACAGAGACACUCACCUUGCUCCCUAUCUGCAUGUGGUGUGUUUCACUGCAUGGCAUCGUGUUAUUUAUGUUGUGUCAGAGUCGACCGCUAUGGCAGUCUGCAGGGCCGCCACCCAUCGACGGGCGACUGGCUGCCCAUCGACGACUUUGUGGAGCAAAUGUGGGAAGCAUCAGGCAGCAGCGGCGCCUCGGGGGGCAUCGGCUCCGCACCCACGUACCAAAGCGCGGCGGCUAGCGACAUGAUGCGCGGCGAGGAGGGGGGCAGGGAAUACUAAGUACUAAGGACAUCUGACUGGCUGACCGACUUGUCGAUGGAUGGGCGGAUUGGAUGACGGGUUGGCCGUGUGGCAGGACGAAUAUGUCUAUAAUGCAGGCAGAGAUGCCCUACUCAAGACAGCAAG